GUAGUUAGCGUCUCCCCGUAUGUCAACAGGAGAUGAACAACAACCAGCGGCGUUUUGCUGUUAACCGGUCAAAAGGCUGAUGUGUCGCCGGCCACUUUAACUGACCAGCUGAAGGAGUUGGGAGUAGAACCAGCUGGUAAGAAAGACAAGAUAUUUUAUCCAGACAAACAGGAGCAAGGGGACUUGUAGGACAGCAGUAGCAGCAGUCCUGAGGUGCACCAUGCUGAUGGUGAAAUAAACCCCACUGAUGGAAACCCAGAGGAAGAGCUCUGAGGAUGACUGCGGUGGACAGCGAGGCCUCCUCCACACCUGGAAGGGCUACUCCUACAGUGUCACCCCAGAAAGGCUGCUCCUCCCGCGGCCUGUCCUUCAGGUUGCUCUGGGCACACGGCACAGCGUUCUGCUGGUUGAAGGUGGACAGGUGUACAGUUUGGGGGUGUUGCCAUGGAAACAGAGUCAAGCAUCAGAAACGACUACACCAACCCUGGAGACUGCGCUCAGUGGGCAGAGGGUGGUUGCUGUUGCAGCUGGAAGCUUCCACAGUGGAGCUGUGACAGAAGACGGGGGCGUUCACAUGUGGGGGGACAACGGUGCAGGACAGUGCGGCCUGUCGGGGCUAAGCACCGUCCCCAACCCGACUCCGGUGGCUCUGGUGGACUCUGACACCGGUGCUGCUCAGACGGUGCCGGUGCUGGAGCUGGCUUGUGGAGAGAAGAAUACUCUGGCGCUGUCUGUCCUGAGGGAGGUGUGGGCGUGGGGCAGCGGUUGCCAGCUUGGCCUAAACACCACCGUCUUUCCUGUGUGGAAACCACAGAAAGUUGAGCUUCUGAAAGGGAGGUAUGUCUUACAAGUGGCCUGUGGGGCUUCGCAUAGUCUGGCUCUGGUGCGCUGCCUUGGUCCUCAGGAUGUCCACCGGCCCCCUGUGGACAAAUGCCGCCAGUGUAAUCAGCUGCUCUACACCAUGACGGACAAAGAGGACCAUGUGAUUAUUUCUGACAGCCACUACUGCCCACUCGGCGUGGAGAUGACUGAAGAUGAAGGGAAGCUGGAGGCCCCUGCUCCCACCCAAGGGCUCAAAACAUCUCCAUCUGAGCCAGUCCUCCCCUCCCACAUCGCCUCCACCUCAGAUUCCGCUUCCUCCGCUCCUGCCGCAAACACUGAUAACACUUCUGACCCCUCCAACAAUCAGAAUUCAGAGGAAGAAGGGGCACGUUUGGCUAAUGGAGGGCAGCUGGGCUCGACUCAGUCCAGAGGUGGCGUUCCUGGGGUCAAGAGUUCGCCUUAUCCAGACGAGCAAGCUGUGAAAGACUACCUAAAGAAGCUGUCGGAUAAUACGCAGGCUGAAGCAAAGACAGCCGCUGGAGGGCUGCAUGCUCUGCUGCCCUCAGUGGGAGGAAUCGGCUCGUCCACCACAUCCUCCACACUCAACAACCUGGUGGCCUCCUGCGCCUCCGCGGUGGGCGAGCGGGUCGCCUCCACCUACGAAGCCUUGUCCCUAAAAAAGAUGAUGAACUUCUACCUGCCGUCGAGCGCCUCCCGGUCAGAGGGUGUUGCCGGAGUGGGCGAUAACACCGCCGAGCGUGUCCGCGAGGAGGACUCCAUGCAGGGGAAGAAGAGCUGCAGCACGGGGGACAUCCGCGAGGAAGAGGCGGAAGGUUUGCGGCGUCGCCUCUCGCUGCCGGGACUUCUCUCACAGGGUAGAUACGCUGUUCACCUCUUAUCCUCCUCCUAUGCCCUGCUGCUGUCGCCACGGCUGCUGAGGAAAGCCGGCCGCCCCAAGAUGCGUGCCAUCGCCCUCACCCCGAUGGGCCCGGGCGUCCCUGAGGCCCAGGAAGUGCUGCCCACCCUGCAGACAGAGGUGUGGAGCUGGGGACAUGGCGAGCAGGGGCAGCUGGGACAUGGAGAUAACCUGGCCAGGCUUCAGCCGCUCUGCAUCAAGAGCUUGAACAAUAAGGAGGUGGUUCGGGUCGCAGCUGGCGCUCACCAUUCCCUCGCGUUGACGGCUCAGUCUCAGGUGUUCUCAUGGGGCAGUAACAGCUCUGGUCAGCUUGGACACAUGGAGACCCCCAGCACCGUCCCCCGUCUCGCCAAGCUGUCAGACGGGAUUCGGGUGUGGGACGCCAGCGCCGGAGAGAGACACACCCUCCUGCUGGCAGACGGAGACUGCAUCCAGCCCAUCAUCUACUACAGUGGGCAGCAGGUGAAGGAGGGCGAGGAGGAGAGGCUCAGCGAGGAGCCGAGUCAGCAAGAAGGAAGAGAGGAAGAGGAGGAGCGGCCGUUGGGCUACACCCAGCAGCCUGUACUGCUGCCUUUCUGCAUGAACCUGGGUUAUGUGAGCAGUGUGUUUGCGGGAGGUCGGAAAUGCAUGGCGCUCUCUGACAGGAACGUGAUGGGCUUCAUUGCCAGCCUCCAUGAGCUGGCGUCAGCAGAGAGGAAGUUCUACUGCAAGCUGUGCAGUAUAAAGUCACAGAUUAUUCGCCCCCUGCUGGAGCUGGACACUCUGAGCUCAGUGCUCGGGCAGGUGGCUCUCGGGCUUUUGCAGACGCUAACAGGACAGUUUAGCACCCUUUGUCACAUGACCGGGCAGCACGCCACCAGCCUCACCGCCAAUCUACGGCGUGGCCGCGACGUUAAUAGCCUGCUCAUACUCGACCACAGCAAAAUCUUCCUCGACUGUCACAAUGAUUUCUGCAGCACUGUGGGAAACUUUCAAGUGAUGGGAGGCUUCCAGGCUCUGACCAAACCAUCACUAGAUUUCUUUGGGAAAAGUCCUGAGCUGCUCCAGAGGCUGUCAGAGUGCGGCGAGGAGAACCCCACCAUGGCCGACCUCCUGGUGGCGCUCUUCUACCUCCCAACUCGCCACCUUCACGAUUACGGCCGGCUGCUUCUUAAACUGGCCACCUGCUUUGAAGUGUGUUCAAGUGACUAUCAGAAGCUGCAGGACAGCUGCUCCAAGUUUGAAGCGUUGACUCUUCAGCUGAAGAGAAAAAAGAAAGAAGCCGAGUACACCUUUCACUUCUGGAAGAGCUUUCCUGGCAAAAUGACGGACUCGCUCAGAAAGCCUCGUCGCCGGCUGAUCUGCGAGAGCAGCAACAAAGCUCUGACCCUGCAGAACGCCGGCAGGUUCUCCGUCAACUGGUUCAUCCUUUUCAACGACGCUCUGGUGCACGCGCAGGGCGUGGCACCUUGUAAAAACCUUUUCUCCACCCAUCACAUCUUCCCCUUGGCCACGCUGUGGGUGGAGCCCAUCCCAGAGGAGGACGCCGGCCCACAUGGGUUAAAAGUGAUCACACCUGAGGAGACUCUCACCCUGCUGGCCUCCUCUCCUAUGGAGAAGUCCAAGUGGCUUCGUGCCAUCAACCAGGCGGUGGAUCAGGUGCUGACUGGGCCAGGGCAGGAUGUGGCAUCGGGUGGCUCAGCGCAGAAGUCGGAGCCUCCGAUCUCCAGAACGGCCUCCUACACGUUUUAUAAAGACGGUCGGCUGAAGGAGGCGACGUAUGAAGGUCGCUGGCUCGCCGGCAAGCCUCACGGCAGAGGAGUUUUAAAAUGGCCUGAUGGGAGAAUAUACACCGGGACGUUCAAGAACGGACUGGAAGAUGGGUUUGGGGAGUUUGUGGCACCAAAUAAGAUGCUCAACAAGAAUGAUCACUAUCAAGGUCAGUGGAAAGAUGGCAAGAUGCACGGCCUGGGGACGUACAGUUACACCAGCGGCGAGGUUUACGACGGAUUCUUCCAGGAUGGGAUGCGACACGGUCACGGCAUGCUGCGCAGCGGCAAGCUGAACACCUCGUCUCCCAGCGUCUUCAUCGGUCAGUGGCUGCAGGACAAGAAGACGGGCUACGGAGUAUUUGAUGACAUCACAAAAGGAGAAAAGUACAUGGGCAUGUGGCAGGACCACCUGAGGCAGGGCACCGGGGUCGUCGUCACCCAGUUUGGGCUCUACUAUGAAGGCGCGUUCAAAGACAAUAAGAUGAUGGGCACGGGGAUCCUUUUGUCAGAGGACGACACAACCUACGAGGGGGAGUUCUCUGAUGACUGGACCCUCAAUGGGAAGGGCGUGCUGACCAUGGCGAAUGGUGACUACCUGGAGGGCUCCUUUAACGGCGAGUGGGGCUCUGGCCUCAAAGUUACAGGCUCCUACUUCAAACCACAUCUAUUUGACUCGGACAAGGAUAAAACUCGAGUCGUGAAGCUGGGUUGCCUGUGUGUGCGUGCGGAGGACAAAUGGCAUGCAGUGUUUGAGGAGUGUUGGCGUUAUUUGGGCUGCGAAGCACCGGGUCGGGGAGAGAGCCAGAAAGCCUGGGAGAACAUAGCCGUGGCCCUCACUACCAACCGGCAACACAUCCAGGACAGCCCAGAAAUGUUGUCUCGGAGUCACAGCAAAACCCUGGAAAGUCUAGAGGUCAUCCCUCAGCAUGUAGGACCAAUCACCAUGGAGAGAUACCACACCAUCCGCCUCUACCUCAUCAAGGCCUGUGACACCCCCCUCCACCCGUUAGGCCGGCUGGUUGAAACCCUGGUGGCGGUCUACAGGAUGACCUACGUGGGUGUCGGAGCGAAUCGUCGGCUCCUGCAUCAGGCUGUCAACGAGAUCAAGUCUUACCUCAGUCGCAUCUUCCAGAUCGUCAGGUUUCUGUUCCCUGACCUGCCAGAAGAGGGCGGUCUGAUAUCUGAACCGACCACCAACCCCCAGGAUGAGAAGGAGUCCGCCUCCCCUGACGCCCCCCUGGACUCACCCAAACCCAGCCGUGUGGUGAGCAGCUCGGCUCUGCUGCUUCCUGUCCUGCUGCCUCGUCUCUACCCGCCGCUCUUCACCCUCUACGCGCUGGAGAAAGAGAAGGAGGAUGACGUGUACUGGGAGUGUGUUCUUCGCCUCAACAAGCAGCCAGACCUCGCCCUCCUGGCCUUCCUGGGCGUCCAGCAAAAGUUUUGGCCUGUUUCCAUCCCUGCCUCCCUACCUACUCUGGGACAGAAGCAGCAGGUCAUCUCGAGCACUAAAGACAUCUGCUUUGCCUCUGCAGUGGAAACACUGCAGCAGAUCAGCACGACGUUCACCCCGUCAGAUAAGCUGCAGGUGAUCCAGCUCACCUUCGAGGAGAUCACACAGGAGGUGCAGUCGCUGCUGAAGCAGGACUUCCUGUGGUCCAUGGAUGACCUCUUCCCUGUCUUCCUCUAUGUGGUUUUACGAGCUCGAAUCAGGAACCUUGGUUCCGAGGUCAGCCUCAUCGAGGACCUGAUGGAUCCCUGUGUUCAGCAUGGAGAGCAUGGCAUCAUGUUCACCACCCUCAAGGCUUGCUACUACCAGAUCCAGCACGAAAAGAUCACAUAAGACGAAGGUGACGCGCUUCCUCCUCCUCCUCUCUGCAGCGGCCGGUGGCAGGGUCAGGUUUUGAGGAGAUCUGCUGUUGUCACAGAGAUGGAGUGGCCUCCCUCCUCUCUUACUGACCUCUGCAGCCUUUUCACCACUGUCCAUGAAGAUGCACAUUAUCCUGCCAGAGAUGAGCCACCUCUUACCGCCCUGAUGUGGGCUGAGUCGGGGAAAGCAAGACUAUUAAAUCACAGUUAUGUGGCUUGUUUGGGAGCUAACCAGAAGUCUGAGGAGGCCAAAUUUCAUUUUCAGUUAAGAAUUUCUCCUCAGACAAAAUUUUGGAAAUAAUCUAACAGCGUCACAAGCUUUUUGAUCUCCUGACAUGCACGUUUUUUUGUUUGUUUUUUCUUUUUUUAUGAAAUGAGUUGGAAGUAUUUUCACCUGUAUAACACUUGUGGUUUUUGUUCCUUCAUUGUGGCCUGUCAAACUGCAGUGGGCUCAUUACUGCCCCCUGCUGGAAACACUUACAAACUGCAGCUUCAUUGAAGGAACAAAAUCAUUUAAAUCAGACAAAUAACUUGAAAUUAGAUAAAGGUUUUACAAGUGAGAAAUGUUGUUUUGUUAAAUGUUUGUGUGUAAUUAUGUAAGUUUUGAUUACAGCCAUGUUUGACACAUAAGAAAAGUAAUGUACAGCAUGCUUUGGGUAAAUGUAAACAGUCAACUGACUAAAUUGUUCAUUGUGACAAAUUGCUGAUGAAAUUUGAGUAAAUGAAGGAGCUUUGGCUUCAAAUGAAGAUUGAAGUUCUGCAGGAUUCCCACCGUUAGUGGAAGGGAUUUUAUUAGACAAUCUGAAGGUUGCUUUAGUGUGUUGGAGCCCAAUAACUGCAAAUGUUUUGCAUUUGGUUUGUGCUCUUGAUAUAAAAUAUAAAAGUCAAUUCAGUGUUUUCCAUCAUCUCAAGCUUUAGAGACCAGACAUCCAUGAUCUUUUUAAAAGUAUUUCUAGGGCAGUAACCACUAAUUUCUGACUAACUUGAAUCAAAAGUCUUAUUUUUGUGUUUGAUUAAAAGCCAGGUAUUUCCUUCUGCUCCAUCAGAAAGAUGGUCGGCUUACUGCAAACACUGCUGCAGAUGCAGCUCAAAGCUCUGCACCAUCUGUUAAUGGUAACUGUUCUCAUUGUUGCAUUUUACGUCACUCCUGCCAGUUAGUGAAAAGGCUUAAGAAGGGAUUCUCUCUGUAAAUACCACGAACGGCUUUUGUGUCCUGCGGCGGUUUAAUAGGAGAAAAAUCCACCAGAUCAGAAGUGAAGCUGCUGUUUCCCCCCACAGCAAAUCAUACAGUUAGAAAACAGUUAAACAGGAGCUGUUAUGUGUUGUUGUUUGGUAAAUAUUGAUCAGAUUAACGGUUACUAAGAAUUGCUACAUUGAGCAGGAACUGGUCGUUAAGUGCCAUUCUUUAAUCGGCUGCUGCGUUGCUGCAGUAGUUGGACACAACUGACGGUUUCUCUGACUGUUACCAUGAACUGAAGCUCAUGAACUCCUGACACUUGAUCUGUUAACUGACUGUACCUUGUACGUCUGGAUGCGAGUCGCUGACUUGACUCUGUUUGUCCUCCUUGUCCUUUUCAUUGUGUUGAACUUUAAAUGAACAGCAAAGAGCAAUAAAUUUGUGGCUCUGUCAACAGA